UGCUUCGCCCCCGGUUUGGGGCCAGUGGACCCGUCCCGAGGGGGCUAGGAUUCCAGACCUGCGCACAAGGGGGGAGCGGUCUGGGUGGUCGGUGGCAUCUCCCCCAGAGACCCGGAGCUAGAGAUGCUAUUAGGCGGUCCUUCUAUCAAGUGUGAGAAGUUGGCCCGGAGAUGCAAAACUUCGUUCUAUACGAGGAGAUCGGCAGAGGAAGCAGGACCAUUGUCUAUAAAGGGCGACGGAAGGGAACAAUCAAUUUUGUAGCUGUUUUUUGCACAGAUAAGUGCAAAAGGCCUGAAAUAACGAAUUGGGUCCGUCUCACCCAAGAAAUUAAACACCAGAAUAUCGUAACCCUGCACGAAUGGUAUGAAACCAGCAAUCAUCUCUGGCUGGUAGUGGAACUCUGCACAGGUGGUUCCUUAGAAAUGGUCAUUGCUCAAGAUGAAAACCUCCCGGAAGAUGUUGUGAGAAGCUUUGGGAUUGACCUGAUUACUGGAUUGCAUCAUCUUCAUCAACUUGGCAUUCUCUUUUGUGACCUUUCUCCUGGGAAGAUUCUCUUGGAAGGGCCCGGCACGUUGAAGUUUAGUAAUUUCUGCCUGGCCAAAGUGGAAGGUGAAAAUUUGGAAGACUUCUUUGCUUUGAUGGCAACAGAAGAAGGAGGAGGUGAUAGUGGGGAACAUGUGCUGAAGAAAAAUAUGAAAAGUAGAACCCGAGGAUCGCUUGCUUACACAGCACCCGAAAUUGUGAAGGGCACCGACUUCUCCGUCGCCAGCGACCUCUGGUCUUUGGGCUGUCUGCUGUAUGAGAUGUUUUCAGGAAAACCUCCAUUCUUCUCAGAAAGUGUUUCAGAAGUAAUUGAAAAGAUUGUUCAUAAAGAUCCUUCGCCACCUAUUCCAAAAGAUUCUUCUCUUCCUAAAGCGUCUCCAGAUUUUAUGAAUUUGCUGGAUGGUUUGCUUCAAAAGGACCCUCAGAAAAGAUUAACUUGGGCAGGCCUGCUGCGGCAUCCGUUUUGGAAGGAUGCUUUUACCAGAAGAGAUCAGGACUCGAGCACCGAGGACUCCAGCAUCAGCAGAAACAUGAUGGAAUGUUCCGGGUCACAAGAUGCCAAGGAGCGUGUGUGGAGCCCCCCGAGCGGACAGGCCAGAGGGGAGAGGAGUGGUCAGCGGCCGAGUCGCCCUUGGAGACUAGAAGAUCCAGCUGAGUUGCGGCCUAAGAAUACUCUUGGGGGUCAACUGAACGAGUCCAUGUUCCUUCUCAGUUCUCGUCCUACGCCGCGAACCAGCACUGCCGUGGGGUCAAGUCCUGGUGAGGAUGUGGCCCAGAGUUCACCGCAGAAGGCGCCUCCUUCGACCAAGACCACAGGUGGGCACCUGAGCCAGCAGGACAUGGAAUCCCAGAUGAGGGAGCUCAUCUACACAGACGCAGAACUCGUCGUCACGCCGAUUAUUGACAAUCCCAAGAUCAUGAAACAACCACCCAUUAAAUUUGAUCCAAAAGUAUUGCAUCUACCAGCAUAUUCAGUGGACAGGUUAGUGUCCCUGAAAGACCAGGACUGGAACGACUUUCUGCAACAAGUGUGCUCACAGGUCGACUGCGCCGAGAAGACCAUGGGCGCCUCCCGGGCCAAGCUGAACCUCCUGUGCUUCCUGUGCGUGGUGGCCGGUCAGAGGGAGGUGGCCACCAGGCUCCUGCACUCCCCCCUGGCGCUGGUGCCCACCCUGGCUGCCCGGGGAGCUGGCGGAGACUUGCUGGACCCCCCCGCCCCCGAGUCCCCGUCUCUACACUGCUUCUUAAAAAUGGAAGUUGAAUUCUGGAGAGAGUCUUGCCUUUUACAUACAGGUGAGAGAACUGAGAGAUACAUAUCAAAUAACAUACUUUUUUUUUUUUUCUCCUUUCAGGCAAUUACUCUCCUAACCGAAUUAAUUAGGGAAAACUUCAGGAACAGCAAAUUAAAGCAGAGCCUGUUGCCAGCCCUCGGGGAGCUGCUGUAUCUGGUGGCCACCCAGGAAGAAAAAAGAAAGCACCCCGGAGAAUGCUGGGCCGUUCCCCUGGCUGCGUACACCGUGCUAAUGAGGUGCCUUCGGGAAGGGGAGGAACGUGUGGUGAACCACAUGGCAGCGAAGAUUAUCGAGAACGUCUGCACCACCUGCUCUGCGCAGGCCCAGGGCUUCAUCACGGCAGAGAUUGGACCCGUCUUAUGGUACCUCUUCAAACACUCCACUGUCGAUUCUCUCAGGAUCACAGCAAUAUCGGCCCUGUGCAGGAUCACUCGCCACUCCCCGUCCGCCUUCCAGAACGUCAUUGAGAAGGUGGGCCUGACCUCGGUGAUCGCCGCCCUGGCCUCCGCCAUCUGCAGAGUCCAGCAGUACCUGCUGACCCUGUUCACCGCCAUGCUGUCCUGUGGGAUCCACCUGCAGAGACUAAUCCAGGAAAAGGAUUUUGUCUCUACAAUUAUCCGUUUGCUUGACAGCCCCUCAACUUCCAUUCGAGCCAAAGCCUUCCUGGUUCUUUUAUAUAUUUUGAUCCAUAACCACGAGAUGCUGCUGCUCAGCUGCCAAGCAAGACUGGUGAUGCACAUCGAGAGGGACAGCAGGAAGACCUCCCCAGGCAAGGAGCGGCAGCCGAGCGGCAGCGAGUACCUGUCCAGAUGCCUGGACCUCCUCAUCCGCCACAUGGUGCGGGAAGUGCCGCGCCUCCUGGGUGACAUUCUCACCGCCCUGGCUAAUGUGUCCGGUCGUAAACACCCGUCACCAGUUCAGGCGAAGCAGCUGAAGCUGUGUCUGCCCCUGAUGCCCGUGGUGCUUCACCUCGUCACCUCCCAGGUAUUUCGACCUCGAGUUGUAACGGAAGAGUUCCUUUUCAGUUAUGGAACCAUUCUUAGUCAUAUUAAGUCUAUAGACUCAGGAGAAACUAACAUAGAAGGAGCCAUAGGACUGAUGGCAUCGGAAGAAUUUAUCAAGAUCACGUUGUCGGCUUUUGAAGCAAUAAUACAGUAUCCUGUUUUACUGAAGGACUAUUGCUCUACGGUUGUUGAUUAUAUCCUGCCACCCUUGGUCUCCUUGGUUCAAAGCCAAAAUGUGGAGUGGAGGCUCUUCAGCUUGCGGUUGCUCUCAGAAACCACAUCUCUGCUGGUGAACCAGGAGGGCGGGGAUGGCAAGGAGGCUGCACCCAUCGACUCCGACAGCAACCUUCUGGCUCUCAUUAGAGAUGUCCUCCUUCCCCAGUACGAGCACGUCCUCACGGAGCCUGGCCCGGUCCCGGCCUAUGCCCUGAAGCUGCUGGUGGCGAUGACCGCGCACAGCCCCGCCUUCACCAGACUUGUGGAGGAAAGCAAACUGAUCCCACUCAUUUUUGAAGUCAUCCUGGCCCACCAGGAGAACAUUCUGGGUAACACCAUGCAGAGUGUGAUUGCAUUGCUCCACAACCUGGUUGCCUGCAAGGAUUCGAACAUGCAGCUGCUGUAUGAACACG